AAAUUAUACCUCCCUAGAUUUUCUAUGAGUGUCAAGUAUGUUUCGUCCUUACCGGAGCUGAGGAGCCUAAUCGGUAAGCCUUGUUUGACGGUGGUUGACUUUUUUGCAACAUGGUGUCCUCCAUGUCAAUCAAUAUCUCCUCAUAUAGAUCAGUUGGCAAAGUGUAAACCUCAUGUUAGUAUCUGUAAAGUGGAUGUUGAUAGAGCUCCUGAUAUUAUGCAAACUUACCCUGUAAAAUGUAUGCCAACGUUUUGCUUUUUCAAUAAUGGAAAACUCUUAGAAACAUUUGAAGGUUCCGACAUAGGUGAAGUAACGAGAUUGGUUAAUCAAUAUGAAGUUAAACCAGCACCUCAGAUACCAUCUGAAGAGGAACUAACCAAGAUGCGACCACGGGAGCUACUUUCUUUGAUGAAGCUUCUUCACAUAAGCUCAAUAGGUCUAACCGAGAAAAAAGAUUUAAUCGACGAAAUAAACAAAUAUAGGUGAUAUUUUAUGGUGUAUUUACUUGAAAAACGAUGUUUCAGUUGUUGUACUUUUUUAUCGCUUAUUUCUAUUUCUUUCCUUACAUUUUUUACAAGUUUUCU